AUGAGUGAACAACACUUUUGGAUGAUUUAUUUCAUUCUGUUGCUUCCAAGAUUGAAAGAGGAUGAUUAUAUGCUUCUAUCAACCCCAGAUAUUGUGAAAAUACGCGAGGUGCUUCUGCUGAAACUGAGAAACAAGAAUAAUACAUCCAUGGAGUUACCAGAGGAUACCAAAGGAAAUACAAGUUUAUCUGAAAAGGGUAGUGAGGUGAAUAGCACUGAAGAAGCCAACAAGACUACUAAGAGUGAACACCAUGAGGAUGAUGUUUCUUUCAGUGAUGUAGAGGAUGAAGAUAAUGAUCUUUCUGGUAGAUUAUGUGGUAUUAGACAAAGAGAAAGUAGCAGGGUUUCUUCAGCUAGUGAAACAAGUGAUUGGGUUCGUCUUAAUGAAAGAAAAACAAAUCAGUCAAGGCAUUAUUCAGAAAGUGAAGAGUCAAGUGAUUGGCAAGCUGUAGGGGAUGUUGAUCUUUUAUCCUAG